AGAGCGUGUGUUUUAUUCGCAUUUUAUUAUGUAUUAUUAUUAUAAAAUGACUAAUACAAGAGUAGAGUGUGGAGAGCGGCAUAUUAUUAGCGGCGGUGGUGGCCGCUGUUGCAGCACAUACACCGAAAAUGACGAUGCGAUCGAGAAUAAUAAUCAAGCAGCAGGCGUCGUCGGUGGCAGCGAUGGCGGUGGCGCGCGAAGUAGGCCAGGGAGACACAUGUGGACUGCCGUACUGAACGGGGUUUUUCGGAACGUGCUGGAGAAGCAUAAUAACACUUAGCAGUCAGUUAACGACGCUAGGUCAGCGCUAACGGAUGUGUCCUGGUGCUGUGUAAUAAAGGCGAAGGUGGCAUCAUUGGACUCCUAUUUUGUGUGCAUGGGGCGGUUUUAAUGUGGCUAAUGUAACAAACAGGCACCCGUAUUUGUUGUGUGUACACCGAAGAUCGCCGCCGUCGCCGCCUCCGUUGCCGCCGUCGUCGUCGUUGUCGUCGUCGUCAUCGUCGUAGUUGCCGUCGCCCGUCGUCGUCACUGUUGGCGCCGACAGUGAGUCGAGUGUGUAUCGAGAAAGUGCAUGCAAGCGAAGGAUAUAGCAGGACGAGAAACAUGUGACCAUCCAUAAUCAUAUGUGUCGUGACACACACCUUCUACUUUGCUGGCCAGCGAAGUCCCUCCUGAACUUUGGCGACGGAAAGUGCCGCAAAUUAUUAUAACUGUUUGAGAACGGGCUGCGGAAUCGCGCCCUGACCCGGUUGGACUAGGAUAGCAAACCUGCUACGUGCAGAAGAAAAAACCAAAUGCAGUGCUAUCGUUAAUUACCGAUAAUGAGAUAAAAGCGCAAACCGAGUGCCGAAGUAUCCGGGAUCUCCCCCGGGCCGAUGACAAAUGGUAGUUCCCGAACAAUAGCGUGCCCGUGUGAGCAGUGAAUUUAUGGUGGAAUCGGACGUGCCUCGAUUUCGCUAAUUAGUGUUGAUUUUGAAUUAAAACGUGUGUCUUGUCCAUUGGAGAAACGUGUGACACGAUCGCAGCAAUUUGUGACUAUAGUGCAACAGAACAAACUUCACCUGACGGAGGAAAAUUUGCGCCCAAAACUCCGUACAAACAGAAGUGAGUGUGAUUUGAAGUGAGAAACUAACUGCGAGUGUCGUGUGGGAAGACCAAACAUAAUUAUCCGCAGAAAUUGACAGCAAAAGUGCAAGUGUGGCUAACUUUGCUUGAGCUUGAGUGAUAAUUUGCUGAGACAAGAAUUAGGCAAAUAAGGUGUUGUGUGUCAGCGGGUGUAACUUGAGACGAAUUCCUGAACGCGACCUGAGGUCAAAGCCGCCCAAGUUGACAGCGACACCCACCCGGGGCAGCAGCGAGCGAUAGACAGAUCAAGCGAACCUCGGAGAUCCCCGAAGAAAGUCGUCUACGAAAGAGACCAAAGCGAAAACAUUCCAAAACACAAACGCACCAUGUCUGGUUGCAGUUGUUUUGGUUCGGGUUGUUGUAAUCGCCGUUGUUGUUGUUGUUGAGUGUCCGGAGUCCGGCGGAAUAUGGCGGAAGGGACUCUGCCGUCUCCAUCUCCAUCGUCACCUUCAGCAGCAUCUUCAGCAACAGGGCCGUCUUCGGCAGCAGCAGCCGCGGCAGCAGCAGCAGCAGCCGCAACAGCAGCACUGCUAGACACACUUUUACUAGAGAACAAUAACAGUGGUGGUGGCAGCAGCAGCAUAGCCAUCAAUAACAAUAGUAAGUUGUGUGGAAUGCUUGGGAUCAGCAUGCCCUGUGAGGUGGCAGGUCAUGAUUUUAGCAGUGCCACCAACAGCAGCACCAGUAACGUCCGUAAAGAACUCGAAUACGCCCACUCGAUUGCAUCGCACUAUUCGGCCGCAGGACUGGCAGUGGAGAAGGGAGAUCUGAGGGAACAUCGAGCAACAAGCUACAAGAUUGAGGACCGUGAAAGAAGUGAUAAUUGCAGCCGAUCGAACAGUCCGCAGCUGAACGAGUCUACCGCCCAUCACCAGGUGUCAAAUCGCUCGACGACGGUAUCGGCGGCGCUUCGGAGUCGUGAAAAAAUGUCCCCCCUGUCGCUGUCCACCGCCGGUGGGUCGCCCGUGACCAGCCCGGCUGCAGCUGCAGCAGCCGCAGCCGCCGCCGCCCAGGUGCAUCUGAACGGAACUAUGCAAGACAUGCUGAACCUGCAGAAGCUGCAGAGUCUCGCCCAGCUGACCAGUGGCGCGGCCGUUUUACCAGGGCUGGGCCUGCCGACGGCUGGGCUUCCGUCGGCCGCUGCAUCACUCCUCAGCAAUUCGCCCCUGAAUCUCAGCCUCGGAGCGCCAAGCCAUUCGCCGGCGAUGGGAGCGCUAGCGGCCGUCCCACCCCAGCCACUGACUUCGGCCGCUCUCGCCCAGAUGCCUCAGCUGAUACUGGCCUCCGGACAGAUUGUGCAGGGCAUCCAGGGAGCCCAGCUGCUGAUACCAACGGCACAAGGAAUUGCCACCCAGUCCAUCCUGGCCAUCCCCGUGGGGCAACAAGUGAUUUCGAACGUGAGCAGCGAAAAUUUAUUCCAGUGUUUAAAUUUUAAUACGGCCGUCGCGAACAACAACAAUAACAGCGGCAAUAAUAGCAGCUUCGCCAGUGAUAUGUUGAAUCAUCACCACCCCCACGCCCACGCACAUCCGCUGCACAGUUCGCAUCAUCCGGGGAAUGCGGCCUUUGCGGCGGCAGCAGCAGCAGCAGCCGCAGCCGCCGCGGUGGCAACCCGCGAGUCACCGGUCACCGUUAAUAGUCCCAUCAGUACCACUAGCCUACUUACGAACCCGCUAGCAUUGGCCGCGGCGGCUGUCGCUAGCAGCAACAACCACCACCACCAUCAUCAUCAUCUUCAUCAUCACCACCAGCAACAACAGCAGCAGCAGCAUCAACAGCAAACCAAGCAUUUACACUUUAGCCACCAAUCACCGACGGCAUCCUCGUCAUCUUCCGUCGGUGGUGGCGCUGGUGGUAGUGGGCGAUCAACAACACCCUCAACGAUGACACUUCAUACUUCCGUCGGACACGCGUCGGUAGACAAGAUUCGAAAUCUGUCCGCUCUCGAGAAGGCACCGUCGGAACGAUCCACACCGGAAUUACACCGAAUUCGAUUGGAAUCUCCAAAGCAGGCUGCAUCGCCAGUUUCAUCAGCCGCCGCUCUUCAGUCGGGUAGCUCGCGACCUCCCAGUGGUAACUUCACUUCCGUGUUCGAGAAAAGCCCCCAAACAAGCAAACGAAACCUAUCGCCCAGUAUAGCACCUUGUGCGGUAAGCAACAGCAACAACAGUAACAGUAGCAACAGCAGUUGUAGCAGUGGCAACAGCAACGCCAGCAACAGCAGCAACAGUCUUCUCGCCAGUGGAAUAAAUCACACUAACAGUGGCAGCAGCAAUAAUAACAACAACAUCAACAACAGCUGCAGUAGCAGCAGCAUCAACAACAACAACAACAACCACAACAACGGACUGGGUCAGAUUCAAGUCAGCAAAAAUUUGACCCUUAGCCCGCAUCACCAUUCGCCGUCGGACAGUGCAAUCAGUAGAAUAACCACGUCAAACGGUGAAAUUACGGUAACCAAGUCGCAGGCGCCUCCCACUCCGCCCCUAUCAGUACAAAAGAAUCAUCCCGCAUCGAUGCACUUCAAUCCAUCCAUCUCGCCACAGCCUUUGGUGCAUCACGCGAGAGAUCAACAGCUUCAUCACCUCCAUCAUCAACAACAACAACAGCAGCAGCAGCAACAGCAGCACCAACAUCAGCUUUCGCUGUCAUCCGCCCGCAGUUCACCGCAAUCCGCUUCGGCGACCGUCUGCUCUUCGUCUAUCCUCUCGGUGGAUAACCAUCUACAGCGGGAACAUAAACCGUGCGUCUCCUCCAUCGGUUCCAGCGUGGGUCCCAGCGGUGGCAGCAGCACACCAGGCGUAAUUUCACUCACCUUAGAUGACAUGGAGCCGAAGAUUUCUCCCCACUCCGUCGGUUCAUCGUCCCUCAAGAGGCAUCGCAGUUUGACGCCUCCGCCGCGAAAGCGCAGCCCAACCGGAUCGGUGCCACUGUCACAGCGUGACGACGGUGACGACGAGGACGAGGACAAUAUUUCCAACCUCAACAAUGAGCUGGAAGACUCACCAAAUGAACUGACGAUCAACCAAACCAACUGCAACGUGGUGGACGGCAUCGACCUGGACGACAUCAAGGAGUUUGCGAAAGCCUUCAAACUGCGCCGCCUGUCGCUGGGCCUUACCCAAACCCAAGUAGGCCAGGCGCUGUCAGUGACCGAGGGACCCGCCUACAGCCAGAGUGCCAUCUGCAGCGCUCUUGCCGCCCAGAUGUACUGUGCAGCGCAACUCUCGUCCCAGCAGCAGCAAAUGUUUGAAAAGUUAGACAUUACUCCCAAAAGUGCACAAAAGAUCAAACCCGUACUGGAACGCUGGAUGAAGGAAGCCGAGGAGAGUCACUCUUCACGGUACAAAUCCAGCCAGAAUCAUCUGACAGACUUCAUAGGCGUGGAACCGUCGAAGAAGCGAAAACGGAGAACUUCCUUCACGCCCCAGGCGCUGGAGCUUUUGAACGGUCACUUCGAAAGGAACACGCAUCCGUCCGGCACAGAAAUCACCGGCCUAGCGCAUCAGCUGGGCUACGAGCGUGAGGUGAUCCGGAUCUGGUUCUGCAACAAGCGUCAGGCGCUGAAAAAUACAGUCCGAAUGAUGUCUAAAAAUUUCAAAAUGGAAAGCUCCUAAGAACACAUCCCAAACAAAGCAGAAAUUCGUUCUGAAAUUACACCCACAGUUUAUGUGCCAUGUGACAUUGGAGAAGUUAUCGAUGACGGAGAAGGAUAACAGUGGAAAUUAUAGUUUAAUUUAACAAACACAGCGCGUCCGGGAUUUGGUUUUGCCGCCUCCGACCGUCAAUCGGGAAUUAUAUAUUCAUCAUUAAGUCUAAGAGAAAGAGGAGAAAAUUUCGAAUUUCAGUUUAGUUUUCCAUUAAGUAAAAAUGACGCAACCAAAGUUCCUAUACAACUAACAUGUAAGGGUUAUUAAGAAAUAAUAAUGAUGGUGGAGAGUAGCCAUGACGCCCUAUGAAAGACACCCGCCAAGAAUGGAAGUUUUUCUAGCACAGUGAAAGAGAGAGAGAGAGCGCGCGAGAGUAAAAUUUAUCCAGCGGUCAAGCGAAGACAAAUUGACGGACGUGCAUCAAAGGAAAAGAAAGCAGGUGCCAAAACCUACCCCGAUCUAGUAAGCCGUGCCAUAGCAUUUGGUUAGCUGCAAACAGCGCAAAACUCGCAUUCGAAGAAGAAGAACGACGCAACAAGUUUUGCACAAAUUGACGUGAAAUUAGUUGCAUUGGAAAGCAGCUGUAAAAAGUUUAUAUAUUAAAAAAAGAUGAAAAAAAAAAUCUGCUGUAAAUGAAAAACCUAAAUGUAUAAACAAGUCGGAAACGAUAAUUACCCGAAACAGGAAAUAAACCAAUUGGUAGUACAUGCUACGGUGUUAUAAAGACCUGCUCUUUCGAAAUUGGCAAUCCCGUUGUUCUAAAUUUGAGACUUUCCGGUGGUGCGAAAACCACACCCUAAACUUAGACAGAAGAGGUACUAAGAAAACUGCACGAAAUCACUUUAUCGGUCGGAAAUUUUGCACACUUUCAUUGUUGUGUGUGUUUAUGUAGUCAACAGUCGUUCAAUCGAGUUUGACAGUUUGGAGACAGCAAGAGAAAAAAAAAAGAAACUAAAUAAAACAUUGCAUUCAUAUCUUUUAUGUUUAGCCAAACUUCGACAGCCAUAAAAUGUCGUACUGUAAAUAGUGUGCACUGCGAAAACGGCGAAAGAAGCGGCCAACCGGCGCCCCAGCGGAUGUAAAUCUAUCACCCUGUAAUAUACGCAUUAGUCGAAAAAGAUUCAACGGUAAAAUGAAAUGAAAAUCAUGAAACAUGCGCCUCAUAGUGUUAGGUCGGUUAGGAAAUGAGUGUUUAGAAUUUGAAGAAACAUUUCUGCGGGGAAGCAUAUUUAUGUGAUAUGUAAUAAAAGAUCGGUAAAGAUCAUUUAUUCUGAACAAAUCGAAAUACGGUGGCACACCUUUCUCCAGCACAAGACCCACACACUGAUACACACAUCAUACACUUAAAGUACACACAAUACACACAACCAGGCUCAUUUUGAGAAGAUGAAAGAAGAUUACGAAACACGCUGAGUAUACCAAUAGGAAAGCUAAAUGAAACUGAUCAAUCGCUGGGUUUGCCGCGGUACAGAUUAACUUCUAAGCUGUAUCGUAUGUACGAUUCAAGAUAAAAUUUAUCAAAUAA